ACUUGAGUUGCGACUGCCUGUAACUGAAGCACCCUUGCGAACUCCACAGUGCGACAAAGAAGAAUUCGGGCGGAACUAAAAUGGCGAUAUCAGGGGAUCUGAGGAUCGCUGCAACACUCGCUUCUUACCACCAACGCCCUCUCCGAAGCUCUCCGUUCUCUUCAAAGGUUGAUUUUGUGAGUCUAGUGAAUGGAGGAUCAAGCAUUUCUAAUUUCACACCUAGACCGCAUGGCAUUGUAAUGAAUAACGUCAACAGGCAGGUUCCCUCCAGAAGAUUCUCAAGGACCAUGGGAGAUUAUAAGCUGUCUGAAAAUUCCAUUAACAAUGAUGUUGAGAGCUUCCUUCUAAAUGCUAUAAAUAUGAGCUUCUUUGAGCGCCUAAACUUAGCUUGGAAGAUAAUUUUCCCUUCCUCAGCAUCAAGAAGGAGCUCUAAUGCAAGUAUUGCUAAGCAACGAUUGAAGAUGAUUCUCUUCUCAGACAGGUGUGCAGUCAGUGAUGAGGCCAAACAGAAGAUUGUGAAGAAUAUUGUGCAUGCUUUAUCAGAUUUUGUCGAGAUAGAGUCACAAGAUAAAGUUCAGCUAAGUGUCUCUACUGAUUCUGAUCUUGGUACCAUUUACUCUGUCACAGUUCCUGUGAGACGAGUAAAGCCAGAAUAUCAAGAUGCUGAUGAAAUCGGAAUGAUAACAAAUGUUGAGUACAAAGAUACAGGGGAACACUCAGGUUCUGUUGAUGUUAGGUUUGAUUUCUAUGUUCCAGAUGAAUGAAACAUUGAGAUUAUUCCAUCUCAAAAGAAGCUAUUCAUCAUUGGCAAAUAUCCAAAGUUCCUUUGAGAUGUUUGAGAGAACAUUACACUUCUUUUUUCGUUUCUUCUUUGUAUAUAUGAAGUCUUUUGUUAGAUGAUCUAGUGUUUUUCUUUCUUCGAAACUGUAGUGUGGUUGAACAAUUGGUUUCUUGAUGCUAUGCUUUCGUUGAGCUCAAUUAGAAGUGGUCUCAUUGAUGUGAUAGUUGUGCCGCUUGAAAGAUGGAAUCGCAUUGCACUUGGUAUUUGGCACUGCUAGACUGCUAGUACUAUCGGAGCAUAUUCUGUUUAUGACUGAAGCGUUAUAGGGAGCAUCAAUUUACUCGUAUGAUGUGAUUGGACAGUGCGGUUCUAGAAUUUUUUUUGUGAAAUAUUCACAAUAUGUUUGUUUUGAAGGGAUGGGAGGGGCAGGAGACUAGGGGAUGUUCC